UUAGUCUGGAGGGUUCUUGUGGUAUAUUACUCCUUCAUCACGCUUGUGGGACGCUGAGCAACGCCGGCCCGAGCUUCCACUAAAUCUGCGCGUUGGACGACCUGCCGAUUUGCCGCGGUGAUGGAUGAUGCCGCGGUGCACGUUCUCGUCUUCCCUUGGCCGCGGCAGGGACACAUCAACCCGAUGCUCCAUUUCGCCACCGCCCUCGUCGACGCCGGCGUCCAAGUCAGCUUCCUCCACACCGAGCGCAACCUCCGUCGUCUUGCUCAUGCGCCUCCGGUGGGCCUCCGUUUGCUGUCCAUCCCCGACGGCCAACCCGACGAUCACCCUCCUGGCUUCUUGGAGCUCCAAGAGUCAAUGUCCACGACCGGCAGCGCGGCGUACCGCGCCCUGCUCUCUGCCGCCGGCGCCGAUUCAACGGUGACAUGCGUUGUCGCCGAUAGCACCAUUCCGUUCGCCUUCGAUAUUGCCGACGAGCUCGGCAUCCCAUCGCUCGCCUUCGUCACGCACAGCGCGUGCAGUUACCUGGCGCUCCUGUCUAUGCCCAAGCUCGUCGAGCUAGGCGAGACCGCCUUCCCUGCAGACGACCUGGUGCGUGGCGUUCCGGGGAUGGAGGGCUUCCUCCGGCGACGAGAUCUCCCUCGAGGACUCUGCUGCGCUGAAAAAUGCGGCGAAGACCCCUUGGUGCUCAAGCUUGCCGAGGUCACCGCUCGUAGCAGCAAGGCACGUGCACUCAUAGUCAACACCGCCGCGUCCAUGGAGCGAUCGGCGCUCGCCCACAUCGCUUCGUGCACAGCCGACGUCUUCGCCGUAGGCCCACUACACGCGAAGUCUAGGUUCGCCGCAAGCACGAGCCUGUGGCGGGAGGACGACGGGUGCAUGGCGUGGCUGGACGGCCACGAGGACCGGUCCGUCGUGUAUGUGAGCCUGGGGAGCCUCGCCGUGAUCACGCACGAGCAGUUCACCGAGUUCCUCGCCGGCCUAGCAGCCACCGGGUACGCCUUCCUCUGGGUGCUCCGGCCGGACAUGGUCCAAAUGGCCAGCUCCGCGCUCCUCCGAGAAGCCGUCGGGGCAGCUGAAGGCGGCAGAGGGCGCGUCGUCCAGUGGGCUCCUCAGCGCGACGUGCUGCGGCACCGGGCGGUGGGCUGCUUCCUGACACACGCAGGAUGGAACUCGACGCUGGAGUGCGCCGUCGAGGGCGUGCCGAUGGUGUGCUGGCCCUUCUUCGUCGACCAGCAGACCAAUAGCCGCUUCGUGGAUGCCGUGUGGAGGACGGGGCUGGACAUGAAGGACAUCUCCGACAGAGGUGUCGUGGAAAGGACGGUGAGGGAGGUGAUGAAGUCCGACGAGAUCAGGGGGAUGGCCCAAGCUAUGGCGCAACAGUUGAGGCGUGAUGUCGCGGAGCCGGGGUUAUCCUCCUCCGAGUUCGAGCGGCUCGUCCGCUUCAUCGAGGAGCUGAAGCACUGUAUGAAGCACAGGCUGAACAAUGCAGUUCCCCACAGUACCUAGUAGGCGCAUAUGGAUGGAGCACAUGUUACCAAGCUGCUAUCAAUGCAUUGUCUCUUAGCACAUAAUCAUAUACAUAACAAAAUAU